GGUAGAGGAGAGAUAGGCUGUGGCCCAGCCGCGAGGGGCUGUACUGUACUGUACUGUGCUGUGUCGUGUGUGCGCGGUGAGGCAGAGCGGACUGCCGGCAGGCGCUCCCGGCGGCGUGCGGCCCGGCCCGGCCCUCGUGGUCCCGGUGCGUUUAUCCCAGCAGCGGAACCUCGGGCGGCUGGCAGCGUCUCGGUGUCGGGGACUUGAGGUGCAGACCCCUCCCCUCGGAUCAGUUCGGCUGGCGGCAGCGGGCGUCACGUCUGUGAGAGAACAUGAGCCGAGAUUUCAAACCCGGAGACUUGAUCUUUGCCAAGAUGAAAGGUUAUCCCCAUUGGCCAGCUAGAGUGGAUGAAGUUCCAGAUGGAGCAGUAAAGCCUCCUACAAAUAAAAUGCCUAUUUUCUUUUUUGGCACCCAUGAGACGGCAUUUUUGGGACCAAAGGACAUAUUCCCCUACUCUGAAAAUAAAGAUAAAUAUGGCAAACCAAAUAAGAGAAAGGGUUUUAAUGAAGGGUUGUGGGAAAUAGACAACAAUCCCAAAGUGAAGUUCUCUCAUCAGCAGUCCCAUCCAGCAGCUAACCCUCCUAUCAAAGAAACUGUUCAAGAAGGCACUCAGGAGCCUGCUGAGGGGAGUGAAGAAAAAGCAGGAGCCAAAAGAAGAAAGAAUUCCGUCCCGAAAUUGUCACUUAAAGAGGAUAAUAACUUGCCUACAGAAGCUGAAACAGAAGAAAAGGAGCUGGAUACUAUGAAGGAAGAUGAUUUACCUCCUGAAAAAAACAGUAAUAAAGAAGAUGUGGUGAAAACAAAUGAUGCUUCUCUUCCUAAAGUAGCUAGAAGAGGAAGAAAAAGAAAGGCUGAAAAACAACCUGAAGCUGAGGAAGUGGCAGCAGUGGCAACAGCAGGAGCAGCAGUGACAGCAGCAGCUCCUGGGCCGGUGUCUCCAAAAGUAAGCCCCAAGAGAGGAAGACCAUCAGCCUGUGAAGUAAAGGUUCCAAAACCAAGAGGGAGACCCAAGUUGGUGAAACCAUCUUGUCUGUCAGAGAGUGACUCUGUUAAUGAGGAUGAGAAGCCAAAGAAAAAAGGACUGGAAGACAAGCCCAAAAAGCAAGGGAAAAAAGAUGAGGAAAGUCAGAAGGAAGAGGAGAAAUCAAAGAAAGAAUUUGACAAAAAGGAAGGAAAGAAAGAAGCUGAACCAAAAAGGAAGAAUGCUGCAAAAGUGGGUUCUGCAUCAGCUUCUGAUUCUGAGGAUGAUGGAGAAGAACAAGAAGGUGACAAGCAGAAGAAAAAAGGGGGAAGAAGCUUUCAGGCAGCUCAUAGAAGAAAUAUUGUAAAAGGCCAACAUGAAAGAGAAGCAACAGAAAGAAAACGUAAGCAAGAGGAACAGACAGAAUCUGAAUUGCAGAAUAAAGAAGAAGGCAAGAAAGCAGAAGUUAAGAAGAUGGAGAAGAAGAGAGAAACAUCGAUGGAUUCUAGGCUUCAAAGGAUACAUGCAGAAAUUAAGAACUCCUUGAAAAUUGAUAAUCUUGAUGUGAACAGGUGUAUUGAGGCUCUUGAUGAGCUUGCAUCCCUUCAAGUCACAAUGCAACAAGCUCAGAAACAUACAGAGAUGAUUCUGACUCUAAAGAAGAUACGGAAAUUCAAAGUUAGCCAAGUUAUCAUGGAGAAAUCUACAAUGCUGUAUAACAAGUUCAAGACCAUGUUUCUGGUUGGGGAAGGAGAUUCUGUUCUUUCCCAAGUAUUAAAUAAAUCACUUGCGGAGCAGAAACAGCAUGAAGAAGCUAACAAAACCAAAGAACAGUGGAAGAAAGGAGCAAACAAAAAAAUGGAAAAGGAAAAGGACCAACCAGGUCCAAAGGUUCUGAAUGGAGGGUCUGAAGCUCAAGACACCAGCCAGUCGCAACAAACUGGAGAGAAUGCUGAGGACAAGAAAGAUAGGCAUGAAGCUGGCAGUAAGAAAAAGACGUGUGGUGAAGAGAGAGAGCUUGAAAAGCCAGCAAAGGAUCCUGCCUUUGAAAGCAAAUGAUACCACUCCAGUCUUUUUUUUAAGUACACAUUAAAGAGGAUUGUUAAGUUUUGCAUUUGAAAUCUAUAGACUGCUGAAAGUUCUAAGUAAUUUUAUAAGCAUAGUAUUUUAAAGUUAAAUUUUGUGGAAUAGAAGUCUCUUUAAUCAUAGUUUAAAAGUAUUUAAACACUUUUGCCAAUAGUUUUGCCCAGUAUUAACAGGUAACACGUUUCGAUAGAUGAAAAUUGGUUAGAACACAAAUGCUUACAUGUUACAGGACUUAGAGUGGUAGUAUAUUUUUACCUGACUACUGUAUGUUUGUCUAGGUAACAGCAGGGAAAAGUGUAAAUACUUUUAACUGCCCACUUUCUUCAUUUGUAUAAAACUUCUUGUCUUCCUUCCUAUGAUACUGACCUCUGUGCAUAGUUUUUCAACUCUUGUUGGGAUGUCUUUUCACUGUGUUUUGUAGGAGUUGGAAGCAGCUUUUUUAUAGCCGUAAAAUAUUAAUGUACGAGUUAAGUAUAAUCACCUUUUUUAAAGAAGUUUAGUUCUGUUCUUGCAAA